AUGUCGGGUGAGCAAGGAGGAGAGCCGCAGCCGUCCACGUCGAGGGCGGGGAUGUCGCUGCCGCAGAAGCGCGGCUGGCCGUCGUUGUCGGAUCUCAUUCUCGCCGCCGUUUGUUCGUGCACGGCCCGUAAAGGCGCUUCGUUCGCUUUCAUUAAGAAGACGCUCGCCACCGAGGGUUACGACGUGGUGCGGAACGGUGGUCGUUUGAAGGCGGCGGUCGGUGCUUUGCUCAGUAAAGGGCUUUUGCGGCGGGUGACGGGCAGCGGCCUCGCCGGUUCGUUCCGCCUCGGCCGUGUCGGUAAGGAGCGAGUGGAGGGGACCGGACGGCGCGGGAGGGCGGUCGGUGAAGCCCGUAGGCGCCCCGCCGGGAAGACGAAGGGGCCGAGGCGCGCUGUUAAAGCCACCGCGCAGCGCUUGAAGAUGAGGAGACCGCGGGGAAAGGCGAAGGCGGCGGCAGCAGCAGCGGCAGAGGCGGCGGCUGGAGGCGUGGAGGAAAUCGGGGGUCCUGCGCCGGCUGAGGGCGAGUCUUAAGAGCGCGGUGGAUGGAGCGAUAAACGUUAAACCCAAAGGCUCUUUUAAGAGCCACCCCAGGGGGUUCAGCAAAGGAGCUGGUCACGGGGCGGGGGAGCGAGG